CCGUGUGUGUCAACGCGUGUGCCUCUUCUAAGCAAAGAGGCAGAUCUCUCCACACACCACUAGCUCGCUCCCUUCCAUCUUCAGGAGCAACAACUACUCUCCAAGAUCUGUCUGUCUGCCUGCCUACCUAUCCAUCUUCUUCUUCUUCUUCUUCGAAAAUAGAAGAGAUAAGGAAACAGAGGAAAAAAAUGGGCGGGCACUCGCCGUGCGCGUCGUGCAAGUUGCUGAGGCGCCGGUGCGCGAAGGACUGCAUCUUCGCUCCUUACUUCCCUUCCGACGACCCCCACAAGUUCGCCAUCGUUCACAAGGUCUUUGGUGCUAGCAACAUUAGCAAGAUGUUGCAGGAGCUUCCGGUUUGUCAGAGAGCCGACGCGGUGAGCAGCCUGGUGUAUGAAGCGAGCGCGAGGGUCCGGGACCCGGUCUACGGGUGCGUGGGCGCCAUCUCCUACUUGCAGAACCAGGUGUCCCAGCUGCAGACGCAGCUCGCGGUGGCCCAAGCGGAGAUCAUGUGCUUCCAAAUGCAGCAAGACUCGGCGGUGAUGCAGCUCCCGCGCAUGAUGGACGUCCCCGAUGACGACAGGUCGUCGUCGCCGUUCCUCCUACCGAACAACCUCACCCACUUCCUUAACUUGUCCCCCGCCUCUUCAGGCAAUGUAACCCACGACCACCCUCUCAAGAGAGAGAGCAUUCUCGGGCAUGACGUGGUGUCUUAGCAUAUGAUAUAUCGAGAUAUAAUAUGAAGAAGUGUAUCUUUACUUGAUCUUCUC